AUGGCAGCGCUCACUACCGAGCAUGGGGUUGCCACCACCUCUAGCACCAACACCACGGAUACAGCGGGCCCCACCACUAGCGGCGGCCGCGGCGGCAACGAGGGCGCUGGCACCGCCGGCGGCGGUGGCGGGGACGACGGCGAGUUCAACACCAACUUUGGGGAGGCAGUCGUGUGCUUGCGGGAAGACCUGCCUGACAUGUUUGUCCGCGACAUGCGGUGGCACAUUUACAGGGAAGACGUGACCUUUACCCUGGGGACGAUGGGGGACGCCCGGCUGACGGGCCUGACAAAGUACAAGUGGCUGCAUCGCUCCGUGCGGGCGCUGACGUGGCUGCUGUACAGCGAUGUGCGGCUGACCACGCUGCGCAUGUGGGAGAGCCAAACGGAGAGGCGGCACCUGAGGGUGCGGUGGUGCGUCCUGGCAACUCCACGGCUGCCGGCCUUCGUGGCUGGCAGUGAGCCGAUGAGGUUUGAGGCCAUCUCCACCUACAAGUUCGACUCCCGCACCGGCCGCAUCUACGAGCACUCUGUCGACCGCCUCAUUCCACCGGAGUCUCCUGUGGCAAAGCUUAUAGAGAGCUUCAUCAGCUGGCAAGGCACUGCACCCGCGGGGCAGCAGCCAGCUGGCAUCCCCGUGCCCAACGGGGUGCCCGGGGGCGUCUCCAACCCAGCAGGCGGGCGCAUCGAAUCAGCUUACACGUUUGGCCACAGCCACGACCCGCAGAAGACUGCUGAGCAGGACAAGAAGGCAGCGGCUUGGUGGGCACCGGGCAACCGGCCGUCGACCAAUGAUGCGGCCAACAAGGUGAGGCGCUUCGCCGCAGUGGUGUGCAAGCUGGAUGCUGCGGCCGAGGCAGCAGCCCUCACAGCGGAUAUUGAGGAGUUUUGGCAAGAGGCCAACGCGGCCCCAGGGUCCUCCAUCCUCCACCUGACCGGCCGUGACACAGCGGUGGCAGUCAAGCAAGCGGGGCGGGGCACGCACGUCACGCUGGGCUGCGAGGGCAAUGAGUUUACUCGCAGCAGCAAGUACCGCGAUGACUUCUGCAAUGGAGGCGCUGCAGGCGCCGCAGCCAAGGGCGAGGCCAGUGGCCCAGCCGCCAUGUAUGCCCAGGCGAAGAAGGCGGCCCGUGCUAACCGCGCCCUGGGCACAGGGGCGAGCCUCAGCCUUGCACAGCAGAUGUGGUGA